AUGCAUCCGCCGCUGCCUCUGUGCCUUUUGUUACUUUUCUUGGGAAGGUCAUUCGCUGCCGACGAGGAGGUAUCCUCUCCGACUAAGGUUGGCAUCCUAUUCCUUAUUUAAACGCUGUAGCCCUUAUUCACUCCCCCACAUAUUCCGGAUGAUGCUGUGCUCGCCGUAUAUUUUGAUUCGGGCGACGACCUGGAAAAGUAACAUUGUGUUUUCUCGGUUAUUUCCUAGGUUUGUACUGUCAAAAGCCAAAAAAGAGGGCGUUGAAGAUGCAAUCGCCAAAUAUGAUGGCCUUUGGGACGUUGAGAUUCCGCUAUCCAGUGCAAUCGAAGGCGACCACUACCUAGUUCUCAAAUCCAAGAAUAAGCAUCAUGCCAUUGCAACAGACCUUGGCAAGGAAUUUCAGUUUACGGGCGACGAGUUCGUGCUGCAGUACGAAGUUAAUUUUCUUGAGGGUAUAUCCUGUGGUGGCGGCUACGUGAAGUUGCUUUCUGCGUCCCCAGACAUAAACUUGGUAUGUCGGUUAACCUAAGUAUAUAAUGCUCUAGACCCAAUUUCACGAUAAAACACCCUACACCAUCAUGUUUGGCCCUGACAAAUGUGGCAUGGACAUGAAGGUUUGCCCUUCUUUUUACUCAUCGCCGAUCAGAUUCACUUCAUUUUCCGUCACCGUAACCCCAAAACCGGUGUAAUUGAAGAGAAACACGCUAAACAAUCAUCAAAGUCGCUUGACACCUACUUCAGCGACAAGAAGACGCAUUUGUAUACUCUCGGUAAUCUUUCAUGUCCACGUUUUUAUCUUAUUAGUUAUCCGAUCCGACAAUUCUUUCGAAAUAUACGUGGACCAAACUCUUGUUAAUUCUGGGAAUCUCCUCAAGGAUGUCAGGUGAGUUGCGGGUUAUUAUCGUUUCCUAGUACUUUAAUGCACAAUUAUGCAAUCCAGUAUUAUGAUUAUGCAUACCUCUGGUGCGUCCUACCGGUAAGGCUUAAGUAAACUAAGUGUGCCGUUAGAAAGUCGGCUUCAAAUGACGCAAGAGGUUGGCGAUCCGUAUCAAUAUCUAUGACUAUUAGUCUAUGGGUACUUAUACAAGGGUUUUUUUAGCCCAAAAACGUGAUAUUUUUUGUGCUUUUAGUUUACUGUCUCGUAGUUGAUAUAACCAGCUUAUUUUCCUAUCGUAUUUUUUUUUAUCGAUAGCAUUCGUGUCAGGGCUAUAGGUCUGUUGUACUUCGUAUGCACUCGCAGGGUUUAUCAUGUUUGAUUAUCUAAAAGUAUUACCUAUUGUUUGUGCCACUGCUAGCUGGCAAAUCUCUUAUUGCGAUUGCUCAAGACGACUGUACAGUGUGAGCUUGAUCUUGGCCUAUUCACGAAUCUUUGUAUGAUGGGCAAGCCUAGUCCGUAAACUGGUCCCCAGCUCUAUCUAUACUAGGCCGUACUGAAAGAGUCUCGGAUCUCAUGGGGGCGAGAGUUCCAUAAAGAUCUGACCACCAGUCUUGAAUAGAGUCGAGCUAUAUCGUCAGGCGACAGCCUUUCAAGCCUCGACUGUCAACACGCCGGUUUGACCUUCUAUGUGUUAGUCUGUCCGACUGCGAUCUUUGAGGCACCGUAGAGGCUACAUUAAGAUUGAGCUAAUACGGCUUGGCCAUUGCUUUAAUCUAGAAAAUAACUAUUCUAUCAACCGGCAGCCUUCCAAGCCACAACUUUUGCUGUGGCAGGUUAGUUAUGAUGAGAAACCUGUUGAGUUGCAUGAGGGAGGGCUCCUCAGUACUGGUCACACCUCCCUCCCGCUGAUCAGUAACUUGGGCGGGCCAUUCGUUAACUACUGAGGUUACGCCCAAUGGUUGACAUGGUCCAAAGCAUGCUAAGGUCGCAGCACAUGUAUGACACUAGUUAAAGGUGUGCCGAUCCCGCCCAGUUCAACUAGCGCGUGUAAUAAACAAAUAAGUUAUUGGUCUGAUACGACAGUGGCGCAAUCUACACGACGCUCAGGCGCUCGGGAAUAUGACUAGCCAACAAUGUUUUGAGUUUCAUGGAGAUACUUGUAGACAGUAAGUUUUGUGUCUGUAUAUGCGCUGAAGCGUCCUGAUUAGUAUUGUCAAUGGAAUCCCGCUUCGCCUCCUUAAUAACACAAGCUACUACACAUGUUGCAUGAUUCAACGUCCAUCGUAUGAAACUGUAUAACCGUACUGCCUUUGAGGAAACUCUAGGAAGUAGUGCAGUGUUCCUCAUGCGCCACUUUUUACGCAUGUUGGUUUUGAGCGCUACCACCAGUAAACUGGCAGGAGAGCCUGCCCAGACUGGAAUUCGUUUCGGUUUCGAUGACGCUGGUUCUAUUACGAAUGCAUCGCUGCUUAUCGAAAGCUGUAUCCAACUGGUAUCGCCUCCCAUACAUCAGCCUUCUUCCGUUUGAAGUAGGCUCGACUGGGCGUCUUCCCAACCUUGCUGUCACACAUUAUUCACAACUUAUCCUAGUUUGAGCAAAAGGCACUCCAGGGAGAAUUCCUCUGCUACCGGUUGUUCUUCCAUGUUUUUUUAUUGUAUCUUACCUCCCAAGUCAUCAACCCGGAUCUCUCAGGUUUGCUAAUCUGGACCGUAUACAUUGUCAAGUUCGUAAAGAAGCUGUUUGUUUGCUUGUAACUUUCAGCCCUGCUGUAAACCCUCCAAAUGAAAUCGACGACCCCAAUGACAAAAAACCAUCUGACUGGGAUGAUCGUGCCAAAAUUCCUGAUCCAGCUGCGAAGAAACCAGACGAUUGGGAUGAAACUGCUCCCGAAUUCAUCGUAGACGAAGAUGCCACUAUGCCUGAAGGGUGGCUAGAAAAUGAACCAAAGCUGAUUCCUGACGAAAACAGUAAAAAGCCCGAUGAUUGGUAUGUUGGGGUGGACACUGGUUUUCCAUUCACUGACAUUCUGAAUUACAAUAUUGCAUUGAUAGUACCAGCGCGUGUGCUGAAUACCAUUACUAUUUAUUAUUAUUAUUAUCAUCAUUGCUCAUAAGACCUUUGCAAAUUGUCAAACAGGGAUGAUGCAACUGAUGGUGAGUGGGAGGCCCCUAAGAUCGAAAAUCCUGCCUGCAAGGACGCUCCUGGUUGUGGCAAAUGGAGCAAACCCCUCAUAAAGAACCCUAAAUACAAAGGGAAGUGGUCGCCACCUCUGAUCUCGAACCCUGCCUACAAAGGCGAAUGGCAUCCCAAGAAGAUCCCUAACCCCGAUUUUUAUGAAGACAAAGAGCCAUACAAGAUGACGCCGAUCGUAAGCACACUUAAACUUGGUUCCCCAUGAUUAAUUUGAAAUAUUGCGUAUUCUUGCAUGCCUUUUUGCUGAGAUAGUUUGCUGGCAGUUUUUCGAGCGCAACUUCAAGACUCCCUGAACGUUAUAUCCUUGACCCUUUUUACACCGAUUUGGACAACUGCAAGACGUGACCGCAGACGGUUUAAUAUUCGCUGUUUACUAUUCUACAUCUAAAACUCGAGUAGGAAGCAGUAACAGGUAUCUUAAGAAGACACCUCUAUUUUCUCGGUAGACCUAUUGAACCCAGCAUGAGUUAGUCAUUGUGAUUGUAAGCUUUCCAAGUUAGAUCGCCAGUUAAAAGCCAAGAAGUGUCUGUACAGGUUGAGUACUUUUAUUGCCCCUCGUUAUUUUUUAUAUUAAAAGAUAAGUCUCGGCGUGUACGUUCCUAUGUCAAGUGCCAUAGAUAAUGAAAACGUUAUGACCACGAAGAACUAAGCUCAUAGACACCAUUUUAUUGCACUCUUGCAGACCAACAACUUUUCAAAAUAAGUUGGUCUAUGCAAAUUUGAGCAAUCUUCAUUGGACCUAAUGGUAAAAAACUCAUCAGCCUCGGCGGGAGUCGAAUCCACAACAGCAUGGUCAUGUAUUGAGUACAGUCACUGCUCUAAAUACUUGAACUACGAGACCCCCCACCAAGGUCUGUUAGUUUAAUUACUUUUGGGUCAGGUUACCCGCUCAGCCUACCGCUCUGAUUAAACUCGCGGCUUCCGGUGGGGCCUCGUAGCUCAGGUCAUCAGAGCGUUGGUUGUACUCAAGCUAUGCCCAUGCUGUUGUGGGUUUAAAUCCCACCGACGCUACCGAGUUUUUUUACAAUUGGGUCAAGUGAAUUAUUUGGAUCUACCAAAAACCUAUAAACAAGCUUCUCAUCUGGCUUGAUUUGCUUGUUCUCUUGCGACGCUGUCCGACUGAAUUUCAGGUUUGCCGGCCCAAUAGGUCACAAGCCAACUGCUCUACGCACGAUCGGUAUCAAUCUGAAGUCUUUCCAUUCUACUAUAAACUUUGUCUAUUCUCAUCUGCGGACUAAACCUGGAUGAUUAUUUACGCCCAUUGAUGGAUAACCCAGACCCUAUACUUCCGUGACCACAGACCAGCCAUUCAAUGUUCUGCCUUUUAGCGUGCCCUGGGUCUCGAACUGUGGUCUCUUAGUGACCAGAUUGCCUUCGACAAUUUCUACAUUGGAACUUCGAAGAAGGGCGCUGACGAGUUUGCGGCACAGACAUGGGCACUGAAGCACUCAGCUGAGCUGGCUGCCGACACUUCUGCGGUACGUCCCCUCCCAAUACGCCCGCCUUUCAAAUGAUUGCAUUCUCCACACUUUUUUCCGAGGGACAUUGUCAUAGACCAUGACCCGACCUUCUUUCACUCUCACAGCUUUACACUUUACUCAUUUGACUCACGAAUCUUCAUGCCAAAUUUUCCUAUUAUCUCUUGUGUAAAUUCAUCUCACAACCCGCCUUGAAAACACUGAAUCCUAGAUUUUCGAUUGUCGGUGACUGUUACUGUAAGAUCACUGACCAACGCUGUUAGAAGUACUAGCACAAACAGUAGUACAGUUAUAGUUAAUGUUAGGAGUUCUAAUGGAGGCAUUUUGAUUGUGAUUGAAAGUGGUGACAGCACUGGUGAUAAUGACGUUGGUCAUAAGGGUGGCUGUCCUGGUAACACGUAGUGGUGGUAUCAUUGUUGGUGUAAGUAAGUAAGUAUUGUUGGCCAUAGAUGCAAUGCUUAGUGUGGCGAUCUGUGAGAUAACCUGGAAGAAAUUAAAAAGCGCGGCAACGCAUUACAGGGGAGUAUCGUGCACCGAUCCGUCCUUUCUAGAGGGCGGAAAUGUAUACUGUUUUUCCCUGGGGCUAACGAACUACAGUUUACAGGCUAUCGUAUAGUGGCUAGGAAUCAGUAACGGAGAGGUUGUCAAGACGAGGGUGGAUACAACGAUCAUCUCUGACAUCGUCUUUGCGCUGGCAGAUAAUUACGACAAGAGAUAGGGAGAGGCGGUGACCAUACGGCUGGUGACCUCGACCUUUUGCUCUCAGUAGGCGUAUAUUCAAGCCCCCAUACUCCCCUGACCCAAGUUGAGGCCUAAGUGCUCUUAUUCGCAUCUAACACGCUGCGUUAAGGCGACAGAACCCAAACAUAACCAACUAACACGUCCAUUCUUCCUGCCCCUCUGACAGAACUUGAAGAUAAUUUGGCCCGCUUUUUCGAACAUGUCUAGACACUCGACCCUGUCCCAUCACUAUUCAUUAGCUAUUUUUUAACGUUCAGUGCUCUACCGUUACAUCUAUUAGUGUACUGGCCUGAUUAUGAAUAAUCGAGAACGUACGUUUUUGGACUUUGACUUCUCGAAUAUUUCUGACUUAUAUGCCAUCAUCAGCUAGUGAUAGCCCAAUCUCAGACUGAACACGGUAGAUUUGAACCCCAGUCGUUCGUUCAUCGAACAGUGUCCACCCCUACGCCACGAAAUUGCGUCCUUCGUCUGAAAGGGGGAAUAUCAGGCCACUCGGGUGCGGCUUUGCCGGUGUUACGCGCGUCAGAGCUUAGGAGUGAGCUGGUUGUUGAGUAAUUAAACGACACUAAGUUCGAACUUCAGACAUGUGGCCUGGGGUUGGAGUAUCAUUGGCCGAUGUUGGCCAGGAGUUAACCCUCCAGUGUAUUUGACCGGCUCGGACAGUGGACUGGUGCCUGGGAAAGGAGGGAGAGGUCGACUCCGGAGACUACGUCUCUACAUUCCUCACCAUAACCAAUUUCAUACACCCUUAAACUAUCACGAUUUGCCAAAAAUCGUGCCAUGGAAGACCGCCAACUGACGGGAUAACUUGGCCCUCUAACAGUCAGGUGGCAAUUGCACCUUUAUAUGGCGUCAAUGGCACUCCUCAAAUGUGAUCCGAGCCGACCACUUCCUGUUUUUGCUUAAACCUGGUUUGUCAUUCGCGGACCAGGAGCGUGUGACACGCGUAGGCGGUCUGUUUUUCUUCGUCAGCCACUGCGUCCGGCUUUCUUGACAACUUUUCCUGGCAUACCUCUGUGAAGAGUUUUAUCUAGUCAUCUUCGUAGCACGUAACACCCUCUACUGCAAUUUCUGAGCUCUUUCGUAUUUCGUUUAAUCCCUUAGAAGAGUGUUGUUGACGCUGUCAAGGAGGUCGUGUCGGAGAAACCAUGGGUCGUGGCAUUGGUUUCACUGGCCGUUAUGGUUCCCCUCGUAUUACUUUGCAUCUUCUGCUGUCGUUCCUCACCGGAGGAGACACCCGCUGAGGCUGCUGCCCAUCACAAGAAGACCGACGAGCCCGUGGCCGAUGACGAGAAUGCUACCGGCGCUGGGGUUGAGGAGGUCGAAGAGUCUCCGGCUGAAGAAGAGGAGGAGGCGGACGAGGAAGCGGAACCAGCAUCAAAGGAAGCGGGUGACACCGAGAAGGUGUCUGACGAUGCCGCGGAGGAUGACCAUGAAACCGAAGAUGAGGAGGUGAGCCUAGUAUGACUCGUUUUUCCAACUGGUCUCGUUUUCACCUUCAUUUAUACAUAUUGCUGUCACGAUGCACUAGAUGUCCUUUACUAAGAACGUCUCUUUUCCGAAUAUUAUCUUAAUAGACGUUAGAUCAAUGUAUUGGAUGUUUGUUGAAGGGACCAGCUCGUCUAAUCUCCGGUUAUCGCUCGGGCAGUGGAAAUACUGGAGAUGUUCCAUGAUGUGGAUCUAGAGAAUAACAUUUCUUUAUGAUUAGUCAACCGAAAGUUCAGAAAACCGUUUUUAUUGGUUCUGCAUGCAAGGCUCUUCAUGGAUCAAUUAAUGACACUAACAAACCCCAACACUUGUCCUUGUGGCCCACACUUGCAGCCACAGAAGCCUCCCACUGCUUUAAGAUGUUCUCGAAUCUUGGCAACGUUCGAUUGCCAUCGUUUUACCUCUGCGUAAGCCUUUCAAAAGCAACAUUUUCAGCCUAAUAGGUCUUGGGUCGACUUGCGGAGUUUCCUUGAGUCGAUGACCAUCUUAGAUUUUUCAGGAGUCAUUAUGCGGUUGCCAAACAUUUUGGCAAUCAUUUCUUCUCGGAAUGACUUGCUUUUAGAGGUGGGUUCUUCCACUGUCCACAAGGUGUCUGUCAGCUGGAGCGAUUCGUCUCGUACCCUUUGCGGUUGGUGUCUAGCAUCGUUAGCAGGACGGCUUAAUCUGUCGAACGUCCAGAGUGUCAUUGAGACACUUGCGGUAGCCGGAAAAAAUGAUAUCAUUUUAUCAGGAUUUGCGAUUCUACUGAUUCAGGGCUGCCUUUAGACGUGGACGUUUGACAAGUAGUACAUGGUGCGGAGACCUUUUUACGGAGUGAAACGGACGGUGUCAUGUAUGUUUUCGGAACAGGGUACCGAAGUUAUUACUAGUGCCCGUAGUAACUAAAGCUUAAUUCUUUUUUUAGGUCAGUAAGCCUGCUACCAGGCAGAGGACUCGAAAAGAAUAA